AUGAAUGGCGGUGGCAGCGGUGGUGGUGACACGGCGGGGGAUGCGGGUGCUGGCACCCGCGAUGAGCUUCCAAGCUACGACACAGUCGAGCACGAGCUGUUCCAUGUGGCAGAGUACUCUGUGGUCUGUGUGUUUGAUGGGCGGGAGCGCGUGGUGAUUGGCGUAUCGCCAGCAGACACCUUGUAUGAUCUGCAUCAGCGCAUCGCUUCCAUCACGGGCUACACCCCAACCUCAAAACACAUGCGCUUCUUCAUUCGCGGCACGCAGUUGAAACCGUCAAAGAGCCUGUCGGCGCAAGGCGUAUGGGAUGGAACCAUCAUCGACGUCAAAACAGGAGACAAGAAAGCGGAGAGCGGUGCUGAUGGCGAGCAACCUGCUUCAUCCACAGACGCUACGGAUGCGGCACAACGCGGCACAGCCACCGUCACGCUGGGUGAUGAUGACGACACUGACGAUGAACUCCCAUCCUACGAAGCCAUCAUGGCAACAAGCACAGAGAGAGUAACCCGUCGACAUGCAUCGUGGCUCACCCGCUCCCUCGGCUUUCUGCUGUUCUCUGCGUACCUCGGCGUGUUCUAUGGGCUGCCCAUUGUCCUCAUCGUCAUGGGAGCGGAGGAGAAGUGUGACGGUGAUCCUCGCAUCAGCGCGUGGAUGAUUGUGUUUGGGGUGUGUUUGCUGUGGCUGUCUGUGGUGGCGGCCACGCUGAGUCGACUCAAGCAGCGGCGGCGACAGCUUGGCGAGGACGAGGAGAUGAUCAACCUUCGCUUUGGAUGGUUCAUUGAGUUUCAAUCGCUGCUGCAGACCUUCCUGGGCAUUUGGCUCAUCUGCGGCGCUGCAUGGGUGUUUGGGUGCUCGCGGGAGUGCCGGCGACAGUGCGACAGCGUCACAUACGGGCUCGCCUUCUGGACGCUGACAGGCGUGUUCAUCCUCAUCACGGUGGUGGCGUGCGCCCCGUUCUUUGCGGCCAUUGUCGGGCGGUGCCAGCGGCUGUUCACGCGCCGGCAAUCGCCCCGCGAGCAGGCGAGGUUUGACAUCCGCACGAUUGUCGACCAGCUGCACGCGAGCACAUUCAGCGCAAACAACAACAACGACAACAACGACGGCGACGACGACGACGACGACGACGACAACAGCGGCAGGCGUCGUGAUGACAGCAGCAGCAGCAGCGACGACGAUGACGAUGACGUGAUUGAUACCACCCCCACCAGCAGCAGUGGUUUUGAGGACAGUGACGAAGAUUUUGGUGAAGCGCGGAGUGCGCGGGAGCAGGCCCAGACGAUGCGCUCGGUGCUUGAAUCGCUGGCCCACCUCAUGCCCCCACUCUCGGAUGGCGCUGACGACGACGACGACGAUGACGAUGACGAUGGUGAUGGAGGUGGUGGAGGCGAGCGGGGCGGCGGCAGGGAUGAAGCACAUGGGCACACAGAAGAGCAACAACAACAACAACAACAACAACAACAACAACAACAACGGGGCUUACGGCUGGAGCAGGAGGUGGGGAGCUCUGUGCACAGCAACUCAGCUAGCGAGUCUGUGGUGUAGAACGUAUGUUAACAUAACUGGACCCAAGCGCUUUGUGGUGUGCCAUGUGUAGAACUGGUUGAAAUUGAACCUGUGACAAGCGGACA